CCUUUCGAAUGCAAUGCAAGAGUUUGUUUUGUUUUUUUGAACGAUCUUGACACUACAAAAUAUAAAAGAAACUGAGUUGUGCUCGCUGUUCGUCGAUGGAUGACAGUCUCCUAAUUCCAUGGCGCUUUCCACUGUAUUAACCUCCAAACCCUCAUUCAAAACCUCCAUUGUUUCCCUCGCUUUUCACAUAAUUCCCAUUAUACCUUCUUCUUCUUUCUCUUCUAGCUGUAAACGAUGCCGAGCCACCCCUUUCUUCUCUCUAUCUUCAGAAACUCCUCCAUUGGCAAAGAAAGUCCCUUUUUCAGUCUCUGCUCAUGGAAAAACGUGGCAGGACCCGUACCAUUGGAUGCGAAACACCAGUGACCCUGAUUUUGUUAACUAUCUCAACCAAGAAAACUCUUAUGCUCAAGCUUUCAUGGCCGACACUCAAAAUCUGCAACAAACACUGGUUAACGAGAUGAGAAGUAGAUUGCCCACUAAAAUUUCCACUCCUCCUGAGCGUUGGGGUCCCUGCAGGUUAUACUACCAGUAUAUUCCUGAAGGGAAAGAAUACCCAGUUCUAUGCAGGAAAUUAGAGAACGGGGAAAUUGGUUGGGUAAAGACAAUUCUCAGUUAUGCAAGUGGACAGUUUGGAAUGGAGCAAAUUUUGCUUGAUUGGAACCAAAUUGCAGAACAAUUUGGUUAUGUGCAUGUGGGUACAUGCCGAGUUUCACCAGACCACAACUUUCUUGCAUACACACUUGAUAUUACUGGGAAUGAACAGUUCAUGCUUCAAAUUAAAGACCUCAGAAAUGGAUUUAUAGUUCCAAAAUCAGAGAUUAAUGGGGUUGUUAGUUUGGCUUGGGCUCAAGAUGGAAGGACUUUGUUCUAUACUAUGGCGGAUGAGAAUCAAAGACCUUACAGGGUUCUCUGCACAAACCUAGGAACUGAUAAUAUAGAUGAUGUCACAGUAUUUACAGAAAGUGAUUUGAGCUUUUGUGUGGAUAUAACAAGCACAAAAGAUGGCAAGUUCAUAACUGUUAACUCAAACUCAAGAACGUCAUCCGAGGUUUAUGUGAUAGAUGCAAUCAAUCCACUUGAAGGUUUGCAAAGAGUACACAAGCGUGUUUCUGGUGUACAGUAUUUUUUGGAACAUCACUCUGGUUUGUUUUAUGUUCUCACAAAUGCUCCUUUAAGUGGAUGGUCAGGUGGAAAUUAUUACUUGGCUACAUGCCAAAUUGAACAUAUACAGUCAUCCAAAUGGCAGAAUAUCAUACUUCCAAGUGAAGAUAUGAACUUUCAGGAUAUGGACAUUUUUAGUGGCCAUUUGGUGCUUUUUCUCCAGAAGAAAGGUUUCCCCAUGCUAUGUUCCAUCAAUUUGCCUGUCAAGAUUGAUUGUGAGAGGAAAAUGGAGGUUGAUGAUCUUGAUCCAUGGUUUUUCCCUCUGCCUUCAAAUAUAUGCAGCAUUGUUCCGGGAUCGAACCAUGACUUCAGUAACCCAAUGUACCGUGUGGUUUUGUCAUCUCCAGUGAUGCCUGAUCUGAUUGUCGACUAUGACAUGUCAAAACGGACAUUCUCGAUUGUGCUGCAAGAGGAAGUAAGAGGAAUAUCUGAUGAUCAUGGAAACUGCUUACCGAUCCAUAAGCUACAUACUCCUGAAUGUCCUGGUACACAAAAUUGUAUGGAAAAAAAUGACCAGAAUAUUGAAUUAAUGAGAUGGAAAGAUUUUUCUGAUGCAUACUUCUGUGAAAGAAGGGAAGUCAUUUCCCAUGAUGGUGUCAGGGUUCCCCUGACCAUCUUGUACUCUCAAAAAGCCUGGCAGAAGAGUCUCUCUCCUGGACUUUUACAAGGAUAUGGAGCAUACGGGGAAGUUCUGGAUAAAAGCUGGUGUCCAGAUCGUCUGAGUUUGCUUGAUCGUGGUUGGGUGAUGGCCUUUGCUGAUGUGAGGGGUGGCAGUGGUGAGCAUUCUUCAUGGCAUAAGUCUGGCAGUGGGUUGAACAAACUUAAUUCCAUCUAUGAUUUUAUUUCGUGUGGAAAUUACCUCAUUAAUGAGGGCUAUGUUCACAGAGAUCGGCUAGGUGCUAUUGGAUUUAGUGCUGGGGGUCUUCUUGUUGGGUCAGCUAUCAAUAUGAACCCAAAACUAUUUCGCGCAGCCAUCUUGAAGGUCCCAUUUCUUGACAUAUGCAACACAUUGUUGGAUCCAAGUUUGCCUCUCACCACAUUGGACUAUGAAGAAUUUGGGAAUCCUCAGAUACAGUCCCAGUUUGAAUACAUUCUAAGUUAUUCUCCUUAUGAAAACAUUCCUUACAACGGUUGCCUACCAUCAAUGCUUGUCACAGCCUCAUUACUUGAUUCAAGGGUUGGAGUUUGGGAAGCUGCAAAAUGGGUGGCCAAACUACGAGAUAUUACAUGUUGUAAUUGUUCUAGCUCAGUCAUUCUAAAGACAAAUAUGGCUGGAGGACAUUUUGGCGAAGGUGGUUACUACAGUCAAUGUGAAGAAACAGCAUAUGAUUAUGCCUUUCUGAUGAAAAUUAUAGGCAACUUGGAUGACAAAAAGUCAGCUGGUUGCUUCUUGGCCACGCCCCCCUGCUUAUAGACACGAGAUACUUGAUCUAAAUUCUCAAAUAGGAAAUUUCAUACCAUUAGCCUAUAUACGUAUAGGAACAUGAGUACAUGAUAUUGAAUGUCACCCAGGCGAAGUGUUACAGUGCUGUCAUUAUCCCCUACCUAUGCUUUUUUUUUUUUUUUAGGUAGCUUGUAGGUUAAUUUUGUUGGUUUCCUAUUUCUUUUGUGUUUUCUUUCAGUUUCUCUUUGGCCAAACUAUAAGUUAGGUCUACAAUUUCCAACAAAUUUCUUUCAAUUUGUAUUUCUUUGGACAUCACCAUAAUAGUUCAACCCUUUGUGCUCAUUAUUAAUUGAAGCCAAUUAUCAUUAUGUUA